UCUGCGAAGGAAAAUGUCCUGUAUUCGUACCUCUGGCUCAUUGUUGCUUUGCAGGAGGUCCGCUCCUCGCUUGACAUGAAGCGGGGAAGAUGCUGCCGAGGGAUUGUUCAAGUUCCCCAGAGACCAGCUGAUCACCGAAAGAAUGAUUAACGCCAGAAAAGCCCAAUAGAACGGUCGAACAGAAUAGGGACGUUUCUGACGGAUCGGUGAUCGUCUUGGGUAAAAAGUCAGGUUGCUUGCCAUAGUGACCACUGCGGCAUCAUGAGCAGUAGGGAAGACGGCAGAGGAAGAAAUUGCGGGGGAUCAUCUACCGAUUGGAACUAUAUAAGAAAGGACGAGAAGGCAGCAACACAACGGACUGAGAAACGAAGAUCCAGACCGUCUGUAAAUGGAUGGUGGUGGUGGAUGAGGCAAGAUCGGGCUGGUGGAGGGACGAUGGACAUGUCUCCAUGUCCUACGCAGCCCAUCAUAGAUAAGCAGAUGCGGACGGAUAAGGCAGGCAUCAUGAAAGUCUGGAGUAUGAAGAGGUCAGGUGACUCUGUGCCUACCCCGAUGAGGCUAGUUAUUGCACAAGUGGUUGCUCUGGCCUGGCGAUGCAAAGGACGAGACGAUAUUGACAAGCUCAGGAUCCCUUUGAACGAUGACACAGGGGAGAAGGCCGCCCGUUUGGAAGCCCGACAAGCCCGCCAUGACCGCCAGAUGGAUCAGAUCAAGGCUGCCGUCAAGACGCCAAUGCCUCCUCGACGAUACACAUAUGACCGCGCUUCGAGUAUGAGUCCUGGUACCCCUAGGGGAUCAGGACACCGCGGACGAGAGAGCGACGCUGAUGGACGACGAGCGGUGACCCCGAUGAAACGGGUCCCUAUCUUGGCAAACUUCGAGGAAUGGAUGAAGAUGGCCACGGAUAACAAGAUCAAUGCGAACAACUCCUGGAACUUUGCUCUGAUUGACUACUUCCAUGAUAUGUCUCUACUCAAGGAAGGCGAUGGUGUCAACUUUCAGAAGGCCAGCUGCACGCUCGAUGGUUGCGUAAAGAUUUAUACGAGCAGAGUGGACAGCGUCGCGACGGAAACAGGUAAAUUGCUAAGUGGGCUGGCGGACAGCCGUGAGAAGCGAGGUCGUGACACUGGCGCGGACGGUGAGGGUGAUGACGAGGACGACGAGGAAGGGGAAGAUGGAACCACUAGAAAGUCGCGGAGAAAGGCCCAGAGAACACACGAGGCUACGCUUGCACCUUCUUUUGCCGCGCUUCAGUUGAAAAAGUUUGAGCUCGAAUUCUCAGUUGACCCGUUAUUCAAAAAAGCCUCCGCAGAUUUCGACGAGGGAGGGGCAAAAGGCUUGCUCCUGAACCACUUGUCAAUAGAUGGGCAGGGACGUAUCGUGUUUGACAGCAGCGACGACGCUGUUGAGGAAAGCCCGAAUGACGCGAACAAUACUCGCGAAGACUCGGAAGACCCUGAAAACCCGAAAUCGUCUUCACCGGCUCCAAAGCGAUCUUCUGAUGAUGCUUUUGAAGACGUUGAGAUUGAUAUAACGCCACUAGCGAACCAAUUUUUCCCCGAUUUGGCGCGCCUCGAUGAGCAGGAUAUCUGUCCGUCCCUCAAGAACUUCGACCUUGGCGAUCCCACUGGAUCACUCGAUAUUCCCUUUCUCAAGGCGCCUGAAGAAUGGCGCAACGAGAAAGGCAACGAGGACGGACGAGGCGUAAACGAUGCCUCCGGGAUCAUGCUCGACGACGACAACGCUGUCGGCUUUGAUGACGACGAUGGUACUUUAGCUGGAUUCGAUCUUAGUGAAGAUGCCGGUUUUGGUAAUGGGGGUGAGGCGUGGGCCCGUGAGGCUGCCCUGGAGCCAAUGCUGAAAGUCCAUCGCAUUGACCGUGAUGGCGAUCAGAAUCAGGACGGCGACGAGGCAAUGGACGAUGAAGAUGGGUAUGCUAUAUCGCUUACUCAUCAACCAGAGAAGCGUGACCAUGAGAACAUUCUCAGCUAUUUUGACAAUGCCCUCCAGAAGAACUGGGCGGGUCCUGAGCACUGGAAGAUCCGGCGUAUCAAGGAACACGCGGCUGCAAGUUCUGCAACUGCAGCGCCGAAGCAGCGGAAGGAAAAGGAGCCGUUUGAAAUCGACUUCGCGGCACCUCUCGAUCCAACCGUCGCUGAAUUGAUUUAUACCCCGGCUAGUUCCAACUCCACCAUUUCCCUGCCCAAGACACAGUGGAGAACCAAAGGGCGGAAUUUGCUACCAGACGACAAACACUUCAACUCCAGACAGCUACUCCGUCUCUUCCUCAAACCUAAGGCUCGCAUGGGCUCGAAGAAACUGGUGGGCCUACGUCAAUUCAGCAGCCGACGACAGGACCGUACCGCGGUUAAUGGGGAAAUGGAUGAGGCCUUCUGGGCCAGUCGUAAGCAGGAGGAGGAAGCGGCUGCCGACGAGGGUGCUGCCCCUGGCGCGUAUGAUGCCGACUUCUUCGCGGACGACGAUGGUCUCGCGUUCCCGAACGGGCUCGGUAUCGCCGACGAUGACGACGACAACCUGCCCUUUGCAGAUGCGCGAGAGAUGCUGUCCCCACCAGCUGACGGGGCUCCAGGCACAACAGCAGGGGAUGCAGGAGGAGCUACGGGUAUUGCUGCUCUCCUCAACAUGGUAGGGGCGACGCCCAGGCCGGGCGCUGGGGGCUUUGGCUCACAGUUGGUGACACAAGGCGGACGGCGAGCGCGACCUGAAUACGUCGCCUAUGCAAGAGUCGCCAAGAAAAUCGACGUGCGGAGACUGAAACAAGAGAUGUGGAAGGGCAUGGGCGAAAGGUUGAUUGCAUCCACAGAAUUUGAUUCCACACCACGAACAAGCGCUGGGAACGAUAUCAAUCAAGUACAAAAUAAUGAGACCGAGCCUGAUGCACCGCCAACACCCACACCCCAAAGACCGCAGCCGGUCGACGGCUCGGAAGAACCGAAGGAAGACCGUCGAUUACGAUUCACGCAGAUUAUGAAUUCCCUCAAAACGGUCUAUCCGCCAGAGAAGCUUCGUGACAUCAGCACCUCCUUUGGCUUUAUCUGUCUUCUUCACUUGGCCAACGAGCAAGGUCUCAUCUUGCAAAACGACGGUCAGUCCGAGGGCGUUGGCGCGGGCUCAUUAGAAGAGAUUUAUGUUGCCAAAGACGCGAAUGCUGUUAUUGACGAAGCGUCUGCUUGAAUCGAUCAUUUGAUGGUCCACCCUGGAUAAGCGUCAGGGGACGAAGAUGCUGUAUAUUCUUGAAUACCUUGUUCAUUCAGGAUGCUACGAAGUGCUACUUGAGGAAUUCUCGCAGAUUAUGGAUUGGGAUGGGG